UCUAGAGACAUCCUGGUAGAGGAUAAGUGCGAUGUGGAGGUGGUGUGUGAGGAGGACGCUGGUGAAGGGCACAUCAGAAUCGCCGUCAAGCGGAAUAAGCGUUUCUCCACCGCCAUCGUCGUAAGGAACUCAUCAGGGGCUCAAGACGUGCUGCUCUGCCGCUGCGAGAUGCUGUGGAAGAAACCCGUCUUCACCUUGAGCGACCGGAGCAAGGUCACGGACGGGCUUGGAAGACACCGGCUGAAGCCAGGUGAAGAGUACCACAUAACUGUCUCCGUGCGGCCCAUCCGGGGAUAUGGUCGCCACUUCGUCCCGGUCGUCCUGCAGUUCCGUCGCCAUGACGACGGCCGAACGUUCUACAUCGCGCGGUUCCUGUCCGUGGAGGUGGCGGACGAUCUCACCAAGUCCCUCGGGCCGACUAGCCCCUACAGGCCGCCGCCCAGGGCUGCUCGGGUCCGGCAGGGGACCAAGGUCGUGGAGGGGCAUCCACCAGAUAUGACCAAAGCAGACGGCCUGAAGAUGGCAGCGCUGGACACGUACCCCGUUCCCGGCAGCCUGCGCCUGCAAAUAAACAGGGGAGAUGAUCUGAGUGACGCCCUCCGUGGCCCGCUGUGCUUUUCCGACUACGCCGCCAUCUUCGGCGCACUGCUGCACAUCGAGGAGGUGCAGAUGGAGGUGGACAUCCGGAGGUACGACAUGAGGGGCGUGGUCAUGAGCAGGGAGAACAGGCUCAUGAGUCUGCAGGUGCCGGGACUGGCGGAGAACCGACCGUCAGUGCUGAAGGGAGAUCACCUGUUCGCACAGGUGCGGUUCGGGGACCGACCCGGGGAUGUCCGCUACAAGGGCUACGUGCAUCAUGUGGAGAUGCUGGAUGUGAAGAUUGGCUUCGGCCAGAAGUUGCUGGACAACUUCAUCAAAGGUAUGGCAUUCGACGUGCAGUUCACGUUUAACCGUCUGUCGCUGAGACUGCAGCACCGCUCCCUGCAGCUGGUUCGCUCCAGGCCGUCGCUAGGGGGCGUCCUGUUCCCGGACGAGGCACAUCUUCAACCGCCAGACGCAUCAAGUAACCAGGACAUGACCCUCAGGUUUUAUAACCGGAAGCUGGAAGAUAACGUAGAGCAGAGCCGGGCGGUGAGGUGCAUUGUGGGCGGAAGUUCCCGCCCCGCCCCUUACCUCGUGUUCGGGCCUCCCGGGACAGGAAAAACCGUGACUCUGGUGGAGGCGAUCAAACAGGUGUACACCGUGCACCGUGGCAGCGUGAUCCUGGCCUGCGCUCCGUCCAACAGCGCGGCGGACCUGCUGGCGCAGCGGCUCCUCACCACCACCCAGCUCAAACCCCAGCUGUUCAGGAUGAACGCUGCCUCGCGGCUCUGGAGGGACGUGCCGGAGGAUCUCAAGGACUCGAAGUGCUGUAACUACGACCCGUGCACCGGCCAGAUGUACUACCCCAGCCUGGAGGAGCUGGUGCAAAAGUACCGGAUCAUCGUCACCACAUUGGUCACGGCCGGCAGACUUGCCUCAGCAAACUUCCCUCCCGGCCACUUCACCCACAUCUUCAUCGACGAGUCCGGACACGCCGUGGAACCGGAAGCCGUCAUUCCGGUAUCCGGUCUGCUGUCUCCGGAAUUAGGAGGGCAGCUCGUGCUGGCCGGAGACCCGAAACAGCUCGGUCCCGUGCUCAGGUCUCCUGUGGCAAUCGAGCAUGGUCUUGCCAUGUCCCUGUUGGAGCGGCUGAUGACGCAGUGCCCCCUGUACCAGCGCGGUGAGGACGGCCAGUACGACUCACGGGUACUGACCAAACUGGUCCGGAACUACCGCUCCCAUCCCGCCAUUCUGGAGAAACCUAACAGCAUGUUCUACGACGGAGAACUGGAGGUUCACGCUGACCAGUUGGUGCGUGAAGCGUUCUGCCAGUGGGAGGAGCUGCCGAAGAAGAACUUCCCGGUGAUCUUCCACGGGGUGGAGGGCGUGGACGAGCGGGAGGGAAGCAGCCCGUCCUUCUUCAACGUGCAGGAGGUGGCCGCCGUGGUUGACUACGUGGAGAAGCUGCUGCAGAAGCGCGGCGGGAUCAAGGUCAAGGAGGAGCACAUCGGCAUCAUCUCGCCGUAUCGGAGACAGGUUCAGAAGAUCCGACAGGCCCUGAAGUUGAGACGUCGAGGCGAGAUCAAGGUGGGAUCUGUUGAGGAGUUCCAGGGUCAGGAGAGGCUGGUCAUCAUCGUCUCCACUGUCAGGAGCACCCGGCAAGAGUACCUCAAGAUGGACAAGGACUACAACCUGGGGUUCCUCAACAAUCCUAAGCGUUUCAACGUAGCCAUUACCAGAGCCAAGGCCCUGCUGAUCGUGGUGGGAAACCCGUACACCCUAACUCGUGAUGGCAACUGGAGAAGCUUCUUGAAGUAUUGUAAAGAGAACGGCGGUAUCCAUCCCGAAGGAUGCGACCUCCCGAGUGAGAGAGACGAAGUUGAGGAUAUUCUACAGCGACUCGACGCUCUGAACAUCGGCGUGACGCCUCCAGAGAACGAGGCAGACGAUACCCCACCAGAAGAUCAGGAGUGGCGACGGGGCGAGUAGUGACGUCACAUCCGGCGAGUCCCAGUCUGACUGUACCACUCUUCUAACAGCCCCCCACUGGUCUCUAGAGCUAGACUUAAUG